AUGUCGGACGGCGACGCCUACGUGCCGACAGAGGUCACCACUGUCGUUGACCAACCAGCUCAGCACAAUGAGAAGCGCCCCGAAAAUAGCCUGGAGAUCCCUCUUGAGCAAGAGACGACAAAUGUCCCGGGCUCAAGGGCGGCCCCCCCGGUGGCUCUCAGUCGGAGGCACACGCUGAAUAUCGAGGACUACUUCGCCGGUCCUCGUGAUAUGUCCAAGCACUCCAAAUGGCCUCUCUUCAUGCAGAUGCACGGCAGCAUCAUGCCCAAGAUGAUUGUGCCUCUGAUCUGGAUGAGCCUCUGGAGUACAUGCAUCACUCUCAUCCACGAAAAGGUUCACCAUAUUGGUGUCAACUCCAUCCUCUUGACGGUUCUUGGUUUCGUCGUCUCCACGGGUCUCAGCUUCCGAGGUUCCACGGCAUAUGAACGCUAUGCCGAAGGUCGACGAUUCUUCGCCUCCCUGGUUACAUCAUCGCAGACCCUUGGACGAAUCUUCUGGAUUCACACCAAGAACCUGCCGGACGUUGAUAUGCGCAAGCAGAUGCUGUGCAAGAUCAGCGCCAUGAACCUGGUGGUUGCUUUUGCCAUUUCCCUCAAGCACAGCCUGCGCUUCGAGCCCUACACCUCGUACCCGGAUAUCGAGCAUCUCGUUGGUCAUCUGGAUACCUUUGCAAAGUCUGCCACCGCCACUAUGCCUGUCAAUGGCGGUGUUGGAAGGCACAGCCUCUUCAAGUCUGUCGGUGACUACCUGGGCCUCUCCUUCGCCGCCAGCAACCCUCGCAAGCUGCUCAAGCGCGCGGAGAAGCCCGUGGGCAACCUGCCGCUCGAGAUCAUCAACCAUCUUGCCGUUACCAUCGACAACCUGAUUGCUCGAGGCCAGCUUCCCGUGCCCAUGCAACAAACCAUGGCCUACAACAAUCUUUCUGCCCUCAACGAUGCCUACACCGGUUGCCAGCGUGUUUUGACCACCCCUCUCCCCAUCGCCUACGGAAUUCUGUUUCAGCAAAUCACAUGGCUCUACGUCAUCUUGCUUCCAUUCCAGAUGGUCAACGUGCUCGACUACAUCACCAUUCCUGCCACGACUGUCGCUUCGUACAUCAUUCUCGGCCUUCUCUUCAUUGGCCAGGAAAUUGAGAACCCCUUUGGACACGACGUCAACGAUCUUCCCUUGGACAGCUACUGCGAGCAGAUUGCCGCCGAUAUGGACAUUAUUACCUCGCACAGCACCUUCCAGUCCGAUGACUUCUUCUUCCACCCCGAAAACACUCCCCUAUAUCCCUACAGCUCUGCCAGUGCUGAUGCCUGGAUGGAGCGAAGCGAGUCCAAGUUGCAAGAGGCCAUCAAGGCCAAGCCUAGGAAGAUGUUUGAGUGGAAGCGAUGGAGGGGAGACCAGCUUGGAGACGAGGAAAACGUCAAGACUGAUUAA